CUCCUCCCAGCUCCCCUGCCCGCUAGGAGAGAAAGCCAGUUCGGGACCAUGAGACACCGCCGCUGUACAUUUCUGAGGAGGCCCGUGAAGGCUCCAGGAAGAAGAUUUCACUAAGAUGAUGGUACGGCCCCUCCCUCACUGCAAAACGGAGAUGAUUUUAUUUUAAUGGAAGAUGGAGUAUGCGAGAGCGGUAGGAACCAGGCACCCUCCCUCUCUGUGCGCUGGCCCUGGCCCAGGGCAGCUGGAUGCCUGCAAGCAGCGCCUGCCGUGGGGUCUGCAGCAGCAGCGGACAGGACGGAGAGGCCAGCCGGGCUCAGGGCCCAGGAAGAAGACUGUCCUGGCUCCUUGGCUGCUCGGUAACCUCAGCCCCAGUACAAGGAUGGGGAACUCGUUGCUGCAAAUUGUCACCAAGUCCUUCAGGCCACCUGAACCGUCUCUGAGAGUGCGGGUGGCUGAGUCCGUGCGGUGGCCGCUCCGAGGAAGAGACCAAGGCUGGCAGCAGUCUGGGUACCUGCUCUGGGUGGAACCCGGAGGUAGUAACGUUGUCUAUAUAUACCCUGUAGAACCGAAUUUGUGUGGUAUCCACAUAGUCACAGAUUCGAUUCUAGGGGAAUAUAUGGUCGAUGCAAAAACUUCACGUUUCUCCAAAACAGCCAGAGUGGGAAGUGGAGGCCAGAGGCAGCCGGCGCGGGUCAGUCUUCUCUUUCUGUUUUAUUACCUUGGACUCCAGGAGGAUCGACGGAGCCUGGUGGCAGAGAGCAGCCUUUCCCUGGAGAAGACCCUCACCUUUAAACAGAGGCUCUUGUGUAAACCCUUAAUUGGUUGUAUGAAUGCAGGGCCAAAGGGCUAGAUUUUGGGAGACUCGGGACUGAGGUGGGAGGCCAGGUAGCACCCCAGCUCUGCCCUCCAGCUUGAGGUUGGAGGGUGUCCAAUGUGGGGGCUCACUGGCCGUUGACUGCCCUGUGCGAGGAAGGGGAGCUGGGAAGAAGGCGUGCAGGGUCCUUCGGGGCCCAUUUGGGUGAGAUGGCGGUGCCCCCACGGCAUUCCUGGCCCACUCCUCAGUUGCACAGGCAGGGCCAGCAGGGCCUCUUGCCAUCGCGGCAGAGCCCGACUCUGACUAGAAACACCCCGGCCUGGGCACUCGCAGAAAGCUUGGCGGUUACUCAUUGCCUAAUUUGGUUCACGCCAGCCAGAUUGUGGUAACUUUUGGGUGACCCUGAUGAAGACAAAGCCGGGACUCGUCCUUUGUAUGGCAGAGUCCCCGUUCCCGCGGGCUGGGCAGGCGGGAACCUGUCUGCCUGGGGUCCUCUGCCCAACUCACAGGCCGCCUCACUCACUCACCUUUGGAGCCCUGCACCUGGACAGAUACCGGGAUUCAGUCCCCUUUGAACUGUGCCCGCUUUGGGGGGCUGCUUUCAGGCGGGGUGAGUAGAGAGGGCACUCCAGGUUAGCGAACUCAGUGGCGGACAAAAGCUGGGGUUACCUGCACCGAAUGAGGGUGCUGGGGAUUAGAACUAACAUUCACAUCUGGCGGGGGCCCUCAAAUGUGCCACGGCGAGUCACUCGAUUACACGUAUGUUAUUUAGUUAAAUUUGUGAAAAUUAUGAGAUGCUCACCAACCCGGUGAUAAACUCGCUCCCUUGCUAUUGGCUGGACUGGUCACAUGGCCACCAACUUUAUUCAGUUGACAGCAAGUAGGAGGGCCCUAUGGAAGGAGAAAAAAAGACAACACGAGAAAAAUUAGUAUUUUCUACCUUCUGAAAUUAAUGGCCAUGAGUUCGUAUAUGGUGAACUCCAAGUAUGUGGACCCCAAGUUCCCUCCGUGCGAGGAAUAUCUGCAGGGCGGCUACCUAGGCGAGCAGGGCGCCGACUACUACGGCGGCGGCGCGCAGGGUGCCGACUUCCAGCCCCCGGGGCUCUACCCGCGGCCCGACUUCGGUGAGCAGACCUUCGGAGGCGGCGGCCCCGGGCCCGGAUCGGCGCUGCCCACGCGGGGUCACGGGCCAGAACCCAGCGGCCCCAGCGGCCACUACGGCGCCCCAGGAGAGCCGUGCCCCGCGCCCCCCGCACCCCCGCCCGCGCCCCUGCCCGGCGCCCGGGCCUGCAGCCAGCCGGGCGGCCCCAAGCAGCCGCCCCCCGGGACGGCCCUCAAGCAGCCGGCCGUGGUCUACCCAUGGAUGAAGAAGGUGCACGUGAAUUCGGUGAACCCCAACUACACCGGCGGGGAGCCCAAGCGGUCUCGGACGGCCUACACCCGGCAGCAAGUCCUAGAACUGGAAAAAGAAUUUCAUUUUAACAGGUAUCUGACUCGGCGCCGUCGGAUUGAAAUCGCUCACACCCUGUGUCUGUCGGAGCGCCAGAUCAAGAUCUGGUUCCAGAACCGGAGGAUGAAGUGGAAAAAAGACCACAAGCUGCCCAACACCAAAGGCAGGUCCUCAUCGUCGUCUUCGUCGUCCUCCUCCUCCUGCUCCUCAGCUGCCCCUGGCCAGCAUUUGCAGCCGCUGGCCAAGGACCACCACACGGACCUGACGACCUUAUAGAAGUGGGGACCCUGGGCCCAUUCCUCCCUGCGCUCCCGGCUGAGCCGAAGCUGCGGGGGCAGGCCGGGCCUGCUGUCACCUCGCUGGGCUCUAAGGUACUGUGGGGUGGACCUGGGACACGCAGGCCGCCCUCGGACUAGGUUAGCAUCCUGCCCGAGGGCAGCCCCCUCCCUGGAGCGGGGAUGGGGGUGGAAGGGGGGCGGGAUUCUCUCUCUAAGUAUAUUAUCAUAUGGCAGGAGCUACUGAGAACACAAAACCUUGGCGAGUCAUUAAAUUCAUGAAAAUCUCUGCUGUUGGAUUUUGAAUUUGCAAUUGAAGGUUGGAUGCUUUAUCCCAGUGUGAAUUUGAACAUCCUCCCUCACUCCACCCCUCCAGGGAUCUUUGUGGUUUAAUAAUGUGGGGGAGUUGAGGCAGAAGGUUGGCCACCCUUGUGCUAGGUGCUUUCAGUGGAAGCAGGAGAGCUGGGCCAGGAUUUCUGAACUUUCUGGAUUGUCUCUAUAGUUUCCCGUGUGAAAAAAAAAAUAGUUUGCUCCCAGUGGCCCCAUGCCCAAAGAAAAGAAGGAAGUGGAAACGGGUUAUUUUAUGUUUAGAUUAUAUUUGCUUACAUAUUUAUUUGUUGGGGAGUGGGAUACAGAAAUAACUGACAUCUUAAUGCCAAAAAUCUUAAGAUGGUGAAAGGGGCUGAGUUUCGGGGAGCAGAAUCAGAGAUGUGUGGACUUACUUUUGGCUGUAGCCAGCAUUUUGAACUCCACCCCCUCCCCACUCCCCGGAAAUGGGGGGGGGGGGCAGCUUUACACUUCUAGAGGGAAGCAAGGGUCCGCUCAAAGUGAGUUCUUGAAAAUAUAUUUCCAUAUGUGCUUUUUUCAGCAGUGUGCUUACAACCAGUUCUGGGUGAUUAAAGGAAAGGGGAAAAAGAAAGAAACAAAUGGUCCAACAUUUUCCUUCUGGGGAAAGAAAACAAAACCUCUAUGUUCUGGGUCAUUAGAUAAUGACUGAAUUUUCUGUUCCAACUGGAUUCCGAAUACCCCAUAUAUCAGUAUUUUAUAGGAACUGGUGUAUGGGCUAUAUGGGAGAAGGGAUGUGCAGUAGGGAGAAAGUGGUAGGUGAGGAAGUCUUGCUAUAAAAAAGAAAGAAAAAACUGAUUCUAGACAUCCACCAAAGUUGGUCUUAGGGUUUUUUCCCCUGAAGUUGUUAUCUUUUAAACAUAUCUAAGUUUUUCACAACCCGUUUUUUCUCAACCCAAUUAGAAGCAGAAAUGGUAGAAGUAUGAAAGUUUUCAGGCCCUCUUCCUUGUCUUGAGAAUAGUGGUUCAAAACCACUCAAACAACAGGAGAGAUGUUCUUUAGUCAUUUUUCUUAUGCCUUGCCUGAGAAUGGUUCAAAGCUCAUUUUUCUAAAAUGCUGACCCUAAGCAUAAGAGGGAAACAGUCAAAGGCAAUGACCAGAGUUUGUAUACUCAAAUGAAACAGGGCUUCGGAAGUUUAAACCCCAAAGCCUCAGUCUCCAAAAAGAAACCCCUGGAGUAGCUACGGAAAAGUGACAAAAGCAGGGAGGCAGUAGGGGUGAGCUUGAAAGGGAGAUUCAGAAUUGGGCUAUUUUUUCAGUGCUUCAGAACACUUUCGAAGGUUUCAGAGGUAAUUUUAAAAUAUAUCUAAGUAGAGAGGGAAAAAAAGACUUUCUCUUCAGGCGUGUUCUUUGGUUCGGUGUCUCCUGAGAGCGAGGGCAGGUAUUCACUGGAGUCCCUAGGCUGAAAUUCCACUUCUCAAAGUAUCUUCCAAGCCUUGGUCUUUUGUAUUAGAUCCUGGGGACAGCUCUUUGUUCCUCCUUGGGGUGAGCCUGGCUCUCAGACUUGCACAUGGCAAUACUUGAAUAUCUCCAUGUCGGGAUAUUAAAGAUGGAUAUUCCUGCAUUAUUCGCAUCAUUGUUUCUAUGACAAAAAGCACAGAGUUCAUACAUAGUCAAGAUGUCUUUUUUCUGAUGCCCUCACGUUGAGAAGCUGAAAAGGUAUUUUACUGAAGUUCGGCUAAAUUACAGAAUCAGGUUCAUCCAGAGGACAAAUUUUCUAUUCGAUUAGCUGUAUUUCAGCUGGGAGGACUGACCUCUAAACCCUUAACCUUUUGGACUCUAACUACCCUUCUCUUCUUUUUUCCCCUCUAACAUGGAGAGCAGUCUUUGGAUGUAGCAUUUGAAAAGAGCCGCUAUCCUUAGGCAAGUUGCAAAGUUGCUAAGAUUCUUUCCUAAAACCCAAAUCUGUGAAUACAUUGAACCUUCUCCUUGGCAGCCGGGGAAAGUAUAUAUUUUCACAACAUCCAAGGACAUAUAUAUCAUAAAGAUUAUUAUAUAGAUUUACCCCCUUCCCAAAAGUUCAGGUUAUUCACUCCAGCUUCAGACCAAACGCCAAAACUGCUUAACUGCCUUCACCCCUGCCGCAGAGAACAGCCAAGAGGCAUGUUUUGAUGAAGAAAACCCAAGCUCCUUCUCAAACAUAGCCCCACUCCUUGGAAAGUAACUUAAUCAGAGAAACAACUUCUUUGUUUAUAAGUCUCAGCUCUCCUUCUCAGCUUCCAGGGAUUGUCUUUUGAAAUGUUAAUGGAGCCUGGAUGGCCCAGAGGGCAGCCCUCAACCCUGAGGUCCCAAUCGGACCCCAGCGUCCAUUUGGGCCCACAGGAGUGGGGCAGGGAAGAAGCAGGGCCCCCAACCACCUAGGGCAGGGAAGGAAAUGAGCUUCCAUCUGGGAACGUGCUCUGGAGAAAGCUGGAUGUGGAAAGGCUCCAUGCCCAUUUGCUUUUAUUUGUUUCCAGUUUGUUCCCCCAAAUAUGAGCCAGAAGUGUUUGUUUUGGUGUUUUUUUCCUAAAGCCGUGUUCGGGGGGAGUGAAGUGUUUGCGGAGGACAUUGCUCCUCACACUCCCACCUCACUUUGUCCACUGCAGCCUUUUGUUGGGAAAGGACAUGGUCAGUCAGCCCCAUGGUGUCUGUUCACACAAGAUGCUUUUUUAAUAGAAUUGACCAAUGUUCUGCUGCCACUGAUUAAAGUAUUAUUUAUACUAAUUGUUGCCUGUAGUUUUGAUGUAAUUCAUUGAUCUAUAUUUGAAAUAAUAAAAGGUGUAGCGAAAUCUC